GUGCAUAUUUGAGAGUUGUCAGUUCAUUAGAAAUGGUUCUAUUAUCAUAUCUGUGCAUUUAAAUAUAAUAAAAAUUACAUAUUCAUUAUUUAUUAACGUGAAUUUGAAUUAUUUGUGAUAAAGAAAAAUGGAUCGACUUCUAAGACUUGGUGGUGGUUUACCUGCUCCAUUAAAUCAAGGACCUCCCCCAUCAGAUGCACCUGUAGUUGAUACUGCAGAACAAGUGUACAUCUCAUCACUUGCACUUUUAAAAAUGUUAAAACAUGGUCGAGCUGGAGUACCGAUGGAAGUUAUGGGUUUGAUGUUAGGUGAAUUUGUAGACGAUUACACUGUUCGUGUAAUUGAUGUUUUUGCUAUGCCACAAACUGGAACGGGAGUUAGCGUAGAAGCUGUUGAUCCAGUCUUUCAAGCCAAAAUGUUGGAUAUGCUUAAACAAACUGGUCGACCAGAAAUGGUAGUAGGUUGGUACCAUUCUCAUCCAGGAUUUGGUUGUUGGUUAUCUGGAGUAGAUAUCAACACACAGCAAUCAUUCGAAGCACUCAGUGAAAGAGCGGUAGCAGUUGUCAUUGAUCCUAUCCAAUCUGUAAAAGGAAAAGUUGUCAUUGAUGCAUUUAGAUUAAUCAAUCCUAAUAUGAUGGUUCUAGGACAAGAACCUCGUCAAACUACAUCUAAUUUAGGUCACCUACAGAAACCAUCUGUCCAAGCCUUAAUACAUGGCUUAAAUCGUCAUUAUUAUAGCAUUAGUAUCAACUAUCGUAAAAAUGAAUUAGAACAAAAGAUGUUAUUAAAUUUACAUAAGAAAACUUGGAUGGAUGGUCUCACUCUUGCCGAAUAUUCAGAACAUAGUAGACUCAAUGAAAAUAUUGUUUCUGAAAUGCUUGAACUUGCUAAAAAUUAUAAUAAGGCAUUGGAGGAUGAAGAAAAAAUGACACCUGAACAAUUAGCUAUUAAAAAUGUUGGUAAACAAGAUCCAAAACGUCAUCUAGAAGAGAAAGUUGAUACACUUAUGGCUACGAACAUUGUACAAUGUUUGGGAGCUAUGCUUGAUACAGUUGUAUUCAAAUAAUUAUUUCUUAAACUACAUAUUGAUAUAUGAUCUUUAAAAUAAAUUUUUUUAAACAGAGA